AUGGAGGUCGGCGGCCCGUGCAACGGCCGCGGCGGGUUGAUGAACCGGUCCAUCUACACGCUCGAGGAGGAACCGCCGGAGCCCCGGGAGCCGGCGACGGCGCGCCUCGCGGCGCUCUACCGGAGCGCGCGGCGGAAGCUGGCGGGCCUGCGGAGCCAGGAGGAGGCGGCCGUCGUGCCGCGGGGCUACGACGACGAGCUCACGGAGGCCGACGACGACGAGGGCGUCGUCGUCGAGUCGGGCGCGGCGGUCGACCGCGCGCGCGAGGCGGACGACCGCGCGGCCCUGGCCGCGGCCGACGCGGCCGUCGCCGCCGCGGACAGGGCCCUGGGCGAGGGCGGCGCCGGGAGCGACCACGGCUGGCUCCAGCGGACCUUCGCGCGGACCGCGGGGCUCUACCGGCUCCGGGGCUACGGCGGCCGCGUCGCCGUGAGCGUGCAGCUGGGCUUCGUCGCCGAGUCCAUCGCGGCGGACGUCGCGCCGGGCGAGCCGGGCGCCGGCGACGACCCGGAGACCGCCGUCGCGGACGCCGCGUGGCUCGAGGCCGGCGAGGAGCGCGUCGCGCGCUUACUCCGGAGCCUCGUCGCGCGCAUGGAGCGGCGCGCCAUCGCCUGGUCCCACGUGCCCAACGUGCCGGACCCCAUGCUCGGCUCCCAGGGCGCCGUCGGCCUCACGCUGCCCUUCAUCAAGUUCGCCUACUCCGUGUCCAUCGCGCUGUCGGUGUCGCGGUCGUCGCUCCUCCGGUGGAUGGAGCACAGCGCGCGCGGGCCCGCGGAGGCGCCGGCCCUCGCGCCGCCGCCGCAGGCCGACGAGCCGCCGAGCCCCGAGCCCGAGUGGCCCGGCGACGCGGUCGCCGCGCCGCCGCCGUGCCCGGAGGUCCUCGCCGCGGACUCGCCGCUCGCCGCGCCCGACGAGUGGCCCGACAGCCCCAACGCGCCCGACGACCAGCAGCCCCGCAUCGUCGAGGAGGACUGCUUCUAG